ACAAGAAAAAUUGAGAAAAUUCUUCGCUGUUUGGCUUCAGUUAGCCCUGCACGCUUCCUAUUUCUUCUAGCUCUGUUUUUCUCUCAAUUUUCCCCGAUUCCUUCCCGUGAUAUCUGUUAGGCAUUUGUUGAUUAAUUAGUAUUACCCUGUUCCUGGGAUUGAACUACCUUAUGAAAUUGUCAUCCUAGUGGUCUUGGAAGAUGACUUGUGCUGCUUCCAUGCAGUUGUCUCCUGAAGUGAGAAUACACAAGAGUAAACGUUCAGGUAUGGCUGAAAAGGGCCGAUUAAAUGGGUUUCAUAUCAGCCUUUCCUCACGUUCUAUGCGACAGGAUGCUUGGAGUCUUCAUAUUUUAAACAGUGUUCGUAUGCCAAUAAGACCUGUAUCGGCAAGGUUUAAUAUUCUAGUUUGCCGAUCUGUUUUAUUACCAACUGGAGGAAAUGAGGCUCCUGUCAUGAAAACUGCUGCUGCUGUUUUGACAAGGACAUAUGGUGCUUUGUGUGAAAGGUCCCUUGUCCUGCGGUUAAUUCCAGCAGUUGGUGUUAUUGCUUUUGCCGCAUGGGGUCUUGGGCCACUUAUGCGUCUGCUCAGGGUCGUCUUUCUUCGUAGGAGCAAUAACAAUUGGAAGAAAAGUAGGACACAUUACAUUGUCAGCUCGUAUUUACGACCCUUGCUGCUAUGGACGGGAGCAAUACUCAUAUGCAGAGCAUUAAAUCCAUUAGUUUUACCUUCAGAAGCUAGCCAGGCUGUUAAGCAACGACUAUUGAAUUUUGUACAGUCGUUAUCGACUGUGCUGGCAUUUGCUUAUUGCUUGUCAAGCUUGAUUCAACAGGCACAAAAUUUCUUUAUGGAGAUGAAUGAGUCUAGUGAUGCAAGAAAUAUGAGCUUUGAUUUUGCUGGAAAAGCUGUUUAUACUGGUGUAUGGAUUGCUGCUGUGUCAUUGUUCACAGAGUUGCUUGGUUUUUCAACCCAAAAGUGGUUAACUGCUGGAGGAUUCGGCACAGUAUUGAUCACACUUGUUGGUCGUGAGAUAUUUACAAAUUUCCUCUCAAGUGUGAUGAUUCAUUUCACAAGGCCAUUUGUUGUGAAUGAAUGGAUUCAGACAAAGAUUGGAGGCUAUGAAGUUUCUGGUACAGUUGAGGUUUGUGUUUACUUACCUUUGCAAGUAACCUGGGAAAUUGAAACUGAAUGUGAAGAGAUAUAUGAUAUGCUUUAUUUGCCUCUCUUGUAGAUUCAUGGAAUUUGACAAUUUAGUUUCUUGUUUAUAUCAAAUAAGAAAAGGAGUUCAAGAUCCUAAAAUUUAUGAGCUAUACUUGAAUUGAGAAUUCAUGUUGUUUCAGCAUGUUGGUUGGUGGUCACCAACAAUUAUAAGAGGUGAUGACAGAGAGGCAGUUCACAUCCCAAACCACAAGUUCACUGUAAACAUUGUGAGGAAUCUUAGCCAAAAGACUCAUUGGCGCAUCAAGACGCACCUUGCCAUUAGUCACUUGGAUAUCAAUAAAAUUAGUAACAUUAUUGCUGAUAUGCGCAAGGUUUUGGCAAAAACUCCUCAAGUAGAACAGCAAAAGUUGCACAGAAGAGUUUUUCUGGAAAAUAUUGAUCCAGAAAACCAGGCUCUCAUGGUGGGUUUUUU